GUAGACGGUUACUAAAGCAACACUCGAAUACGAGACUCUGAAACAAACAAACAGAAUAAACCUCAAGCAGCAGCGAGAACGUUGAGCGGCCUUCGACAUCAAAAGUUAAUCAAAUAAAGUGCCCGAACACACAAAACUCAAAUAAAAAGCUAAAUAAUCUUCAAGUGAAACUAAACUUGCAACUAUACAAUCAAUCAAAAUGCAGUCCACACUCAUUGUAGCCUCUCUGAUGAUCUGCUUCCUGGGCGUCACCUUAGCUGCCAGUAUGCCUGAAUACAUUCAGGUGUGCCAUCGCAAUGAUCCCGAGCUGUCGAAGUGCCUGAAGAGCAGCGUCCACAACCUGCGUCCGUAUCUGGCCAAGGGCAUCAAGGAGCUGAACGUGCCACCGCUAGAGCCCCUCUACAUUGGCGACCUGAGCAUUCUGGAUGGAUCCGCUGGCAUUACAGUGAGGGCCAAGAAGCUGAGCGUUCUGGGAGCCUCCAACUUUGAGAUCACCAAGCUGCGCGCCUCUACUCAGAACAGGCGAUUCGACUUCGAGCUGAUUCUGCCACAUCUGCAGGGCGAAGGCAUGUACGAGAUUAACGGCAACAUUCUGGCGCUCCCCAUUAAGGGCAACGGACCCUUCACCGGCAACUUCACCAACUUUGUGGCCUAUGUGCGCGUCCAGUACGACAUCAAGAAAUCGAAUGAUUUGGAUUACCUGCAUGUCAAGGAGUUCUCCCUGAAGAUUCGCACUGGAAAGGGAAACCUGAAGCUGGAAAACCUCUUCAACGGCGACAAGGUGCUGGGCGAUGUGAUCAACGAUACGAUCAACCAGAACUUUGAGGUCUUCACCAACGAGGUGAUCGCUCCGAUCGCGCGCGCCCUUGAGGCCAAGUUCCUGGUCAUCACCACCAAAAUCCUCGAGAAUUUCACUUACAACGAGCUGUUCCCCGUCUAAGAUGAGCGUCAAGGCAUUUUGGAUGCA